ACCCUAGCAGCCCACUUAACAUUUACCCACCAGCUCUCAUUACUUUCCCACCGAUGACAACGACUGAAACAUUAUAAACCCUAAUAGAAAUUGGUGUUUUCAAUAAUUUCAGUGUUCGGAUCAUGUACUCUGCCAUACACGACAUCGAUGAAGAACCAAACGUUAAAGAUGGGGAACGGAUGCUUCUGCAUUGCGUAUACGUGUUACAAGUGGAGUAGACUGCUUUCAUAAUUACCAGAAUACACAGGAAAACUAAGAAACGAUUGAAGGAAGAGGGAAAAAAAGACGAGCUUCCUGACUACGUGAAAGUGGAAGUACCAAAAGAUGGCAAGACGAAAAAAACCCGUUACAGGUGUCAGUUGAAAGAUUUCAUUUCAAUUGUGGAAGGUUUAAGUGAUUGGAAAGAAGAUGUUAUAAAGAAAACGCCUUUUGCAAAGCUGUUAGAGUUUAAGAUGGAAAGUGAAAGCUUAACUCAAAAAAGGGACAUGGUUAAGUCACUUGCUAGAAAUUUCAACUAUAAGAAUUCGACCCUAAUUGCACGCAAGGGGAGGGAAACCCAGGACAUCGAAAUUAAAGCUGAUGAUUUUUCUAAAAUCAUGGGUAUACAAGAUGGAAGUGAAGCUGUAUUGGAUAAGGAAGCGGACAAUUCUUUGGUGGAGGAAGCGGGCGCUGCUGUACCACAACUUUCUGCAGAAGAGGACCCUGUAAAUCAGGAUCCUGUUAUCGCUGAGCUUGAAAGUAAAUAUUGUAACGUUACGAAGAACGGAGGUUACAAAGGUAUCGCCAUUAAGAAUGUUGUAAACGAACUCAAAAAAACUAAUGACGAGGAUGUUACUAAACAAACCUUUAUGUUAACUGCCAUGCAUUACAUUGUGUGUCCUGCCCUGGGGGGUGUAUUGAGUAAAUCUUAUUUAGAUUAUGUGAAGGAUGCAAACAGUUUGGAUAAACAACCGUGGGCAACUAUAGCAAUGAAUGAUCUAAAAUACGGUGUUAAGAAUUUCGUUGAUGGGAAAGGGGCGGAAAAAAAUAUUGGCGGGUGCACUUUGUUCUUACAGUUAUUUUGUAUGAGUUUGAGAGGGUUCCAUGACAGUUUAGACUUUUCUAAGAUCGACGAAAAGAUGAUUGAAGAAUUCUACAUGACAUGGAUGAUUGACAAUGGUUCGGAAAACAAGAGAAGGAAACUGUUGGCAGAUAAGAUUGUCAAUGACAUGAAAAGUGUAGCUAAUCUUAUCAAGGCCAAGUCAGAUUUAUUAGAUCUGGACUUACUGUUGAAUCUCGAUGAGUCUAUUCAGGAAUCUCAGAAGAAGAUAUCUGCUGCUGCUGUUGCGAAUGAUGAGAUUGAGGGUGUGGAACACCUUUCUGUUCAAGAACUUGAGACGCUUGAGCCUCAAAAAUGGUUGAAUGAUAACGUUAUAAACUUUUACAUUAGUGAGCUAAAGAUGAAGUUGAAAGAUAAUUCAGCACAUUAUCAUAUCUUCAACACGUUUUUUUACGUGAAGUUGCAGCGAUAUUUCGCGGAGAAAGAUCUUUGCACUGAGAAGGGAAUUGUUGCAAGUCCGUUCGAGAAAGUAAGAAGGUGGUGGGGAAGAGAUAAUAUUUUAAAGAAAAAAUAUCUUGUUAUCCCAAUCCAUGAAUCUUCUCAUUGGAGUGUGCUCAUUAUUUGUACGCCUAAUGAUACCGUUAAUUCAACACUUCUCCUUCACAUGGAUUCGUAUCCUGGUUUGCAUAAUUCAGAUAAGAUUUUUAGAUUUUUUCAAAGGUUUUUGGAGGAAGAAUCGAAGUAUGCAGUUGGUGAAGUUGAAGCUGGUUGUUCAAACGCAGAAGUUGAAGCUGGUUGUUCAAACGCAGACUUCGGUAACGUUGAAGUAUUUAGCAUCGAGGUUCCACAUCAGCCAAAUUUGUUUGAUUGUGGUGUCUACGCUCUUUUAUUUGUUCAGAAGUUCAUUGAACAUGCCCCAGAAGGAGUGGAAAACAAAUAUCAAAAUGUGGAUUGGGAAGACGUGCUUUGGAAUAAAAGAAGUUAAUGAUUUGAGAAUUAAUUUGAAAGAAUCAAUCAGAAAAGUAAUAGCUCAACAGAAACCAAAAGAAACACGAAAGAAGAGGAAAGCAGUAGAAAUUCAACAUAAACAACCGGAAGCAGUAGAAAGUCAACAACAAGUUUCAAAACCAGAACGAAAGAAGAGGCGUACAGAAUUGGAAAUUCUUUGUGGCCAACCAGUAGAUAAGAGCAAGAUUAUCCAGAGUGGGGCUGUCGAGCGGACAUUAAGAAGUAAAAAAGCUGUCAGGAAGGGACUAAGAAGUAAGAACUAAAUUAAAAAAUGAUAUUUCGCCAACUUUAGACAUAUUUAAAACGUAUGUGAAUUGUAUUAUAGAGUGCUCCUUCAUUCAAAAUGGAGGAUGGUGAAAAGUCUUUAUUAUAGAGUCUGUCACUGACUCACUGUUACUCUGUCAACGCCAGUGUUUUGAAACCCGGGCCGGACCGGGAACCGUUACCACCGGCGGUCCGGUUUACCCCCUCAAAACGGUUCUCAAAAUAUCCGGCCGGUUCUCAAAAUAAUGGUAUCUUGUUUAUUGGUUAACCAGAUUAACCUUAAUUGAAGAGUUAAUCGAGUUAACCAUAAUAGACCAUUGGUUUUGGUGACUGGAAUAUGCAAAGUUGAGUUGUCUCACAUUGAUUUUUUAACAAACGGAGUGGUAUUAAGUGGCUAUAAAAAACAUCCACACAAGCAAAACUAGUCACUUUGAUGACCGUUUUGACACAUAUAGCUCUUUUGUCA